AUGGAUUCUCAUGCCUUGCAAGACUUCCAGAGUGCACUCACAUACUCUCUUUGCAUGAAUUACUUCUUAUAACCUGUCACCAUUGACUGUGGACACACCUUAUGCCAACCCUGCCUCUACUUCUACUGGGAUGAAGCCCAAACACCCAGGUGCUGCCCUCAGUGUAGAGAAAUAGUUGAGAAGACAGACUACAGGACCAACACUGUCGUCAAGAAGCUGGCCUCUCUCGCCAGACAGGCCAGACCUCGCUCAGACAGCAACUCUGGGGAGCAGCUCUGCAGUAGAAAUGGGGAGACAAAGGGGCUCUUCUGUGAGGUGGACAAGAGCCUGCUCUCUGCACCCUGCUCUGAAUCACCUGAACACGCUGUUCAUAGCUACAGCCCAGAGGCUUGUGUGGCAGAGGAGAACAGGGAGAAAAUUGUAAAGAAAAUGGAUCCUUUAUGGCAAAAGACUCAGGAGAUGCAAGAUAAUCUAAAUGAAGAAAUUAGAAAAUCUGAGUCCUUUUUGGACUCUGUGUCUUUAAGGAAGAACAUGAUCCAAGUUCAAUAUCAGAUGAUGUAUCAGUUUCUUCUUAAGGAGGAGAGAUUUCAACUGGCAACACAGAACAGAAAAGCAAAGGAAAUUUUCCAGCAACUCAGGGACAGUGAAAUCAGAAUAGCCCCAAAGAGGGAAAGGCUGAAGGAAAUGUAG